AUGUUAAAUGGCUGUAUUUGUGCUUUCCUUUUGGUGCUUUCAUGGUCUGUGGAGGUAAUUGAUGCAAGUGCCGGUGAUGCUGAUCCGCGCUAUAGGGAUUGUAUAAGACAAUGUCAGGAAACUGGAUGUGUUGGACAAAACAGAUGCUUUCCAAACUGUAAGUUUUCUUCUGAUGGAGAACCUAUUGAUCGCCCGUGGUACAUGCAAAAAGAACCACUCUAUUUGCAAUGGAAAAAAUGGGAUUGCCAAGGUGACUGCCGGUAUUAUUGCAUGCUUGAUAGAGAGAAAGAAAGGGAGUCACAUAACCUUUCCCCUGUCAAAUAUCAUGGCAAAUGGCCAUUCAGGCGUAUAUAUGGGAUGCAGGAACCUGCUUCGGUGGCUUUCUCUGCUCUUAAUCUUGCAAUGCAUUUUCAUGGUUGGGUCUCCUUUUUCAUUCUCAUACGCUGUAAAUUGCCUCUAAAAGAUGGAAAGAAAGCAUAUUAUGAGUAUGCUGGUUUGUGGCAUGUGUAUGGGCUCUUAUCACUAAGCUCCUGGUUCUGGAGUGCUGUUUUCCAUAGUCGAGAUGUUGAUCUAACAGAGAAACUUGACUACUCAUCUGCAGUCAUUCUCCUCGGGUACUCCCUCAUUUUAGCCAUCUUACGAACAUUCAGUAUUAGGGAUGAGGCUACCAGAGUUAUGGUUGCUGCUCCAUUGAUUGCUUUUGUGACCACCCACGUAAUGUACAUCAACUUCUAUAAACUAGAUUAUGGAUGGAAUAUGAUAGUUUGUGUAGUGAUGGCUGUGGCACAACUUACCAUUUGGGCAGUUUGGGCUGGUUUAAGUAACCAUCCUUCGCGUUGGAAGCUCUGGCUGGUUGUUUUUGCUGGUGGCCUUGCAAUGCUCCUAGAAAUCUAUGAUUUCCCUCCAUAUGAAGGACUUUUGGAUGCACAUGCACUUUGGCAUGCCACAACUAUUCCUCUAACCUACAUUUGGUGGAGUUUCAUCACAGAUGAUGCCAUGUUUCGAACCUCGAAUCUUGUUAAGAAGGCCAAGUAGCUUCUCUUUCUGCUCACUCGGCGCUUUCAAAGCACCAAAUUAAGAAGUAACUUUUUUAAUAUUUCCGAUGAAUGUGAUUUGUAUGUUUCUAGUUGAAAACCAAACACACACUUAAAGAUCAUGCAUUUACCCACAGCUAAGCCUGAAUAGAUUGUCUUUGAUGGUACUUGUGAGUUUUCACUUUCUAUCGUUAGUAUAGAUGAUGCUAAGUUCUGUAUUUACAUUUGGGGUGAAAAAAAUGAAGUUCACAUUAGUGAUUGUCCUCUUCAAUAGGUCGAAAGAUCAUUUUAGGAUUUUUUUUUCAUUUCUCUUAAAGCUUACUUUUAUGUAUACAAAUUCUUAUUUUUAUUGGUCUGAUUCAAUUUUGAUUUGAAAGAUUCUUAGUAG